UCGGAACAGUCUUCGGUCCCGGAAACAUCUACUCCCGUGGCGUCCUCACCAACCCCAUCGUCCACACCAAAGUCAUCUCCAUCUGUCGAAGGUCCCGCUACCCCCAUGGCUGCCAAUCAGGAUGUAUUUAUUCCAUUGGCCACUGGCCCUGUUCCCAACACGAUCAAGACUAGAAAUGACCAUCCCGUCCCCAAAAAUGGAAUUGUAAACACGACGGUCCCUAUUGAGACGAAUAAAUUCUACAGUGGGCUAUUUUUGGGCACUCAAAGCAACACCACUUUCACCCAUCCAUAUGGACUGGCCUGGUCGAAAGGAACUGGCAACCUGCAAAGCUAUGGCAUGGCUGUUUCUCACGUGGAAAGUAACGUGAUGGCAUUGGGACCGACAAAUGCGCACAUUCCCGGAAACCCAGUUUCGUAUUAUGUGAACCCGAUUGGAAUCCAGUCGAUCAUUUUAUCAGCAGCCGAGUUGACUGCCUCGACGGUACUAACAACGGAGAACCCAUUACCAUUCUCAGCCAACGCGGUCUUGCGCCCACAGAGUGGCUCAGCUCAGAGCAUCUCUUUUCCCGUGGUGCAGGGUAUGGGGUUCGUGACCGGCAUUUACUCGGGUCUCCAACCAGCAGUCCAGAGUAGCGUUCAUUUCGACAAGGUUGUGUCUGCUGGAUCACCGAGAUCCGGCAUUUAUAAAUAUACUGCUACCUUGGCCGACCAAACAACAUGGCUUAUUUACGUCACUCCGCAGGACGGCAAAGACCCCGAUUUCCGUUUGGAGUCAAGUACCACCCUGCGAGGACCAGCUGGAUGGUCGGGUACGAUCCAAGUGGCCAAGAAUCCGGCGGGCACGUCCGGGGAAAAGUUCUUUGACAACUCGUCCGGUGUCUACGCCUUGGAGGGUGCAGUCUCCGGUGCCGUUUCCGACAGCACCGGUACCUAUAACCUCGCGUGGGCUAAGGCCGGCAAGGACGCGCAGAGCACUCCCCUGUUGAUGUUUGCCUUGCCGCAUCACAUCGAAUCGUUUGACAGUAGCACCAAAGGCCGGGUGACGAACAUUACUAUUCGUACGACGACAAAGGGCCAAGCGACAGCAGUGAUCGGGGAGAUCUGGACCAUGACCGAACCCGACCUCCCCAUUGGCAUGGGAUUUGCCCCUUGGUCUGUGUCCCAGGGUAGUGUUGACAAGAUCUCUGCUGCUGCCCAGAAAGUCAUCUUGGAUGCCGCACCUACUGAACUUAAUCAAGACGUUGGCAAAGAAAGCGACUUGAACAGUAUGUACUUCAGCGGAAAAGCGCUGAGCAAGUUCGCUACCCUUGUAUAUACCGUGAACAAGUUGGGUGGCAACCCCCAGCUUGCGGAAUCCGCCUUCAAGGCACUCAAGGAUGCCUUUGCCCGGUUUGCCAACAACAAACAGCAGUAUCCUCUUGUCUACGACAACGUCUGGAAAGGUGUGGCCUCCUCGGCAAGCUACGAUGGAGGCGAUCCCGGCGCGGAUUUCGGAAACACGUUGUACAACGAUCACCAUUUCCAUUACGGUUACUUCAUCCACGCCGCCGCUAUAAUCGGGACGCUUGAUCCAGCUUGGCUACCUGCGAACAAGGAAUGGGUGAACAUGCUAGUCCGGGACUCUGGGAACGCCGCGGCAAAUGACCCUUAUUUCCCAUUCUCGCGUGGGUUUGACUGGUUCCACGGGCACUCGUGGGCCAAAGGGUUGUUCGAGUCCUUCGACGGCAAGGACGAGGAAUCGUCGUCGGAAGACACCAUGUAUGCCUAUGCUCUGAAGGUUUGGGGUAAGACCAUCGGGGACGCGAGCAUGGAGGCAAGAGGAAACCUGAUGCUUGGAAUUCUUCGCCGAACGCUCCACAACUAUUUCCUCCUGGAGAGCGACAACAAGAACCACCCCGAGAGCUUCAUUGCAAACAAGGUCACAGGAAUCUUGUUCGAGAACAAGGUGGACCACAUCACCUACUUUGGCGCCAAUCUUGAAUUCAUUCAAGGGAUCCACAUGCUUCCUCUUUUGCCAUCGUCCGCCUUUGUGCGGCGUCCAAAGUUCGUGCAGGAGGAGUGGAACGCGAUGUUCGCCAGCAAUGCCAGUACUCCGGCGGAGAAGGUGCAGGCGGGAUGGAAGGGAGUUCUGUACGCCAACCUCGCCCUGAUUGAUGCGGCGGCGUCUUGGAAGUUCUUUGCCGACCCCAACUUCGAUUACGGCGCGAUUGACGGGGGAGCGACUCGAACAUGGUAUUUGGCUUUCGCUGCAGGACUCGGCGGUGGCCCGGCAUGAACGGAGAUCUUUUUCCGAUUCGUUAUAGAGUGGGGGGAAUGUUUUGUCUGUUUAUCUGAUUGCGUUCUGUUUGGAAUGCAUGACUACUAGAGAUGCGGAUGAUCUCGUCGAGUGCUAGCCACU